AUGGCACUCGUUUCAUUUGCCCUCGGGGCGAUCGUUUUGAUCGUCUACUUCCAACUACUGUAUACGCGGUAUCGGAAACAGCUAAACUCCAUUCCCGGGCCGUUCGUCGCAAGUUUUAGUAAUCUUUGGAAACUUGCCGCCGUUUACUAUGAAGAUAUGCCCAGAUGGAAUAUGAGCGUGCAUGAGAAAUACGGCCCUGUCGUACGCAUCGGUCCCAACCACGUAUCAUUUGCUAGCCCGGAUGCAUUUCAGAUCAUUCACGCUUCACGGCAGGCAUUUGCAAAGUCGGACUUUUAUGAAGUGGGAGCCCCUGCCUACCGUGGGGAGCCACUAGAGAACUUGUUCUCGCUCAGAGAUGUUCAACGCCACGCCACUCUCAGAAGGAAUAUAGGAGGACUAUAUACGAAGGCUGCAGUUAAGGACUUUGAACCUCAGGUAGACAGCUGUAUCGAUUUAUUUAUGAGGCAGCUAGCAGACAAAACUCGAGAUGGGCCUGUAACUCUCGAUAUGUCGGUAUGGCUACAUCUGUUUGCCUACGACUGCCUCAGCGAGAUGAACGUCUCAAAGAAGCUGGGGUUCUUAGAGAGGGGCCAGGACGUAGGCGGUACUAUCGAGUCCUCCGACAAAAUAUUCUUCAUGGUCGGACUGUUUACCCAGGCACCCAUCCUCCAAUGGCUGUUAGGAUUUCUCAGAUCUCUCGUGCCAGCGGAAGAGGCGGAGCCAGUAUUAAAAUUUACACUCAAUGAGGUAGAGGCCAGGAGAAAGUCACAUCAGACACAGACGGAUAUGCUGGGUAGAUUGCUCGACCUUCAUCUAGAGCAGCCAGACAAAGUCUCCAUAAGAGACCUUACAGCCGCAAUAUUCAUCAACCUCACGGCAGGACAUGAUGUCUUAGCAAUUACCAUCCGCGCAAUAUGGUAUCACCUUGCUCAGAACCCUCGCGUCCUAAGCAAGCUACGAGCCGAAAUACAAGCCGCUACUAACGAAUACUCGGCCUCUUCUAUCGUCCCUUUCUCCGCUGUUGCUAAACUACCGUAUCUAAACGCCGUCAUACAGGAAACAUUACGCGUUCAUCCCAACACCGGUACGAUCAUCGAACGUAAAGCACCACGAGAAGGAGCUACUAUAGACGGGUAUCAUAUCCCCGGGGGCACCACCGUUGGCGUUAACGCUUGGGUCCUUCACUAUAAUAAAGAAGUUUACGGCGAGGAUGCCGACCAGUUUCGACCCGAGAGAUGGAUAGAGGCCACCGAAGAGAAAAGCCUAGAGAUGAGCCGGUGUCUAUUUUCUUUUGGGGCUGGUACGCAUACUUGUAUCGGAAAGAACAUAGCCAUAUUGAUGAUAAGUAAGCUGGUGGUCGAGUUUUAUCGAAGAUAUGAUGCCAAGUUAGCACAUCCCGAUCAGGGAUGGAAAGUCCAUGGUAGCUGGGUCACCAAACAGACGGGGAUGGACAUGAUAAUUAGCAGCCUAUAA